GAAGAGGAGUUCACCGACGAAGAUUGCAAAAAGAUGGAGCUCAACGCAAAGGCAAUAAACAUGAUUUAUUGCGGUGUUAAUGCGGAUGACUACCGCAAAAUCUCGCGGUGUGAAACCGCAAAACAAAUGUGGGAGAAAUUGGAGGUCACCUACGAAGGAACCGCGCAGGUUCGGGAGGCCAAAAUUGACCAUCUCACUCACGAGUAUGAACUCUUUUCAAUGAAGGAAAAUGAGAAGAUUGAGGAAAUGUUUGAGAGAUUCUCUAACAUCAUCAAUCCUCUCAAUCUUCUCGGGAAGACAUACACCGACCGAGAGCUCAUGAGAAAGGUGCUGCGAAGCUUAUCCCCCAAAUGGCGUUCAAAGGUGGACGCAAUCGAAGAAGGUCGUGACUUCCAAACAACGACCUAUGAUGCUUUUCGAGGUAAUCUUAUUACCUACGAAACCACACAACUCUCAAAGGUGGUUGAAGAGAGGAACAAGAGGUCUAUUGCUCUACCCGCAACAACAUCAACCCACAACAACGUUGAUGAUGAAGAUGAUGACAACGACGACACCGACCUCGGACUCUUUGUCCGAAAAUUCAAGAAGAUGAUGCUCAAGAAGGGAGCCAAGAAGAACACUCCACCCAAAUGCUAUGGGUGUGGUGAAAUUGGACACAUCAAACCAAUGUGUCCAAAGCUCAAGAACGAGAAGGACAAGAGGGCACCGAAGAAGCAACGUGCCUACAUUUCUUGGGAGAACGACGGCUCCGAGAGUGAAGGCUCGGAAACGAAGGAAGUGGCCAACUUGUGUCUCAUGGCCAUUGAAGAUAGUGAUACAUCAAAAGAGGUAAGUGAUCAAGAACCUUCUCCCAAUGAUCCUUUAACUCUUAAUGAUGUUGUUUGCAUUGUAGAAGAAUUGGUGCCGGUCAAGAAGACGUGUUUCAUCACUGAAGCCAAGUUUUCCCGGAUCGUGUAUCGAGAGGAGGGCGAUGUUGCACCAAAUCUGGACCUGAUAGUCGCAGAAGAAGAAGAAGAGAGCCAAAACGAGACUCAAGCAAAGUCAUCUCGAGCCGGAGGAAGUCGAGCCACGAAGCGCGUCACUCGUCAACGGAGGACUCGUCCAAGAGAAGACGCACCGGAACCUUCUUGGGUGAAGAAGAUCUGUGAUACUCUCACGUGCAUCCGAGAUGACGUUCGCCAGCUCAACGAGAGGAUGACUCGUCUUGAGCAAUCUCGCUCCUACCGUGGCCCGCGUCACAGUUUUGGCGGAGGAGCUCGUCCGGCGAACUCUCUUUGAUUAUUAUUUUUUCUUUCCAUCUUGACUGAUUAUGAUACAUUGUUAUUUGCUAAUGUUAUUAUGACUCUUUUGGUGGAUGAUGAUGUUCCUUUCGAUGAUGCUAGUUGAUAUUAAUUUUUUGCUUGUGUAUUAAUAUCAUUGUUGGUUUGGGAAUAUUGUUCUUAUUUAGAACAUAUUGUCCCUUUGUGGCAUUUUUUUACUAAGAGUUCUCUUUUAAAGAAAACUCUUGCCAAUUU